AUGCCACGUUUGUUCGCAAAACCUUCACCAGAACUAAAACUAAAGUAUCAAUCAUCAAGAACUUCAGUUGAUGAAGAAGCUUUAGCUGACUAUGUAUAUUCUAAAGUUAUUUAUCAAGCCGGAGUUGAUUUUGAGAGUAAACCAAUGGUGAUUAUAUGUGCCUGUAAUUUGCCGGAUCCAAAGGAAGUAGAUUAUAAUAGGAUUUUGGAACGAAUUUUACUCAAACUUGAUCUAUUUGUAGAAAGUGAUUAUACAGUUGUACUUUUUGCAGGAGGUGCCAAACAUAAUCCAGGAUGGAGUUGGAUGUUUCGAGCGUAUAAAAGUUUGGGUAGAAAGUGA